AUGAAGUAUUCAGUAUCGACUCCUCCGUCGGAAAGCAACAUGAACACCCUCGCCCUCGUCACCCUUCUGGCUACAGCCUACUCUGCCUACGCUGGCGCUGUCUACGGCGGCUACGGCGCUGGCCUUGGCUAUGGAGCUGGUCUCGGCUAUGGAGCUGGCCUUGGUUAUGGAGCUGGUCUCGGCUACGGUGUAGCUCACGGUGUCGGCCUCGGCUAUGGUGCUGGCCACGGUCUCGGCUACGGACACGGCGCCGUUGUCGCUGCUGCCCCAGCAGUUGCCAAGGUCGCCCACGUCUCCAGCGCCGUCACGUACCGCCACGACACCUACGCCCCAGUUGCUCACAAGGCUGUUGUAGCCGCCCCAGCUGUCGCUAAAGUUGCUGCCCCAGCUUACGGUGUUGGCUACGGCUACGGCGCCGGACUCGGCUACGGCGCUGGACUUGGCUACGGCGCUGGACUCGGCUACGGCGCUGGACUCGGCUACGGCCACGGUGCCGUCGUCGCCGCUGCCCCAGCUGUCGCCAAGGUCGGUGUUGGAUACGCUGGUCUCGGAUACGGUGCCGGUCUCGGAUACGCUGGUUACGGCCACGGACUCCACGGCGGAUAUGGUUUGGGCUACGGCCACGGUCUCGGCUAUGGCGGCGCUAAGGUUUACGGCUAAGAAGUUCGUUUGACGAGAGUGAGACUGGAAGCGCGUGUCUGUCGGUUUCAUUAGCAGAACAUCGAGAGAAGAAUGCAACGUGAACCAUCACCAUUUCAUCGAGCCGCAAUGAUGCGUGUGUGAUAUUCGAAUGAAUCCAAAAAUAAAUUAUUUAUUU